AACGAGAACUUUUAUUAGAAUUGAGCAGCCCCGGUUGAAGUUACCGUACUAUUGAACUCGAAGUUCGGAUCCCGGGAAGGAAGUUCAGAAAUUUGCGACAAACCCGAAUUUAAAUAUAGACGCCCAUCAUCGAUGGUGCCCAUCCACAUUCUUUGACUGUUUGUCACUCACGAGGCUAGUUGGGUAAACACGAGGAACUACGAUAUGGGGGUGGAGGACUUGCCAGACGAUCUAACACCCUUUAUUACUCGAACAACUCAGGACCACAUAAGCGGAGGUGCAUUUGGCGAUGUCUGGAAAUGCAAUUACAAUACAGAUGGUAUUUCAGCCGUUCAAGUUGUUGCGGUCAAGGCUUUCAGGUAUCCAGAGCAAGAUUAUGAUUCAGAGAAGAUCAUCCGGAAAAUCAGCCGAGAAAUUGGCAUUUUGAAGAUUCUACGCCAUAACAACAUCGUACCGCUGCUGGGUACAGCGACAGGAUUUGGACGGAGGCCAGAGUUGCGCAGUUUAGUAACUCCGUGGAUUCCCAAUGGCACGUUGAAUGCCUACCUGGCAUCUAAUCACAACGAUCUAACAGCGCUGGACCGUUCACGUAUGCUGGAAGAUGUCAGCGCUGGACUGCAGUACUUGCACUCAGUGUCUAUCAUGCACGGUGAUAUAACAGGGGCGAAUAUACUGAUUGACGAGGGAGGCCAUGCAAGGCUAAUCGAUUUUGGUCUUUCCACCAUUGUGCGACCCCUUCUGGGCCAGUCACACUUGGCUGCGACAUCUAUACGCCCAGGUGCAAUUUGUUAUGCGGCACCAGAACUUCUAUCAGACGAGGUCGGUGACCUACCUUCGGAAAAAACUGAUAUAUACUCUUUUGGUUGUGUGAUGCUUCAAAUUCUCUCGGGUCAGCACCCUUGGUCUGAGAUCAAGUCUCCGAAGGCAGAAUGGUGUAUUUGGAAUUUAAUAACCCGAGGUCGUAGCCCGCAGCGCCCCGAUGGCCACCCUGCAAUAACGGACUCAGAUUGGGAUAUCAUUCAAAAAUGUCUGCAAUGCAGAUUUGAACUUCGACCUUCAGCCGAUGAAGUACUCGACUUUGUCAUGCGUAGGCGUUCCUCAUCAGAUUCUUCCAGCCCAUUUGAUGAUUCUCCCGGUGAUGCGCAGGAUGGCUUCCCUGGAGCUUCCCCGCACGAUGAUUCCGACGAUUCUGACAUAACAGAAGACCCAUCCAACAGUUCACCGCCCCACCCUGAUCAGGAGCUGACGAAUGCAAUCAUAGACCCUCGAGCUCGGAGAUCUUCUUCUUGUUCGUCACUCCCGGUAACGGCGUUCGACACUGCUUGUUCAUCACCCCGGAGUCUUAGCACUGAUUCUCGUUCAUCACUUAACGCUGGUUCUUGGCCACCGCUCCCGAGUAUCGGAACUGAUCCUGCAAGAACGUCAGACACCGGUUCUCGAGUAAUUCGAUCGACCGGCAUCUCGGGACAUGAACGUAGACAAUCAACACUACCACCACCACCAUCACCUCCAAAUGUGAGCAACUGCUACCUUUCACAUCAUAUACCAGUUACAAAUAGGAUCAUUCUGGGGCAAUUGCCAUUGCACGGCACAGCGCGGAAUUACACAGAGAUGGCGCCAGGGUUGACUCGGAACAUCGUUAUCUUUGGAGAAACAGGAGCGGGUAAGAGCGCCGUCAUCAACUUGCUGGCGGGCCAACAGAUUGCGCACAUAUCGCCCGACUCUCAUCGCUGCACUCUGCAUUGGACGGAGUACCCGAUAAACUUCGAAAAUGGGUCUCGAUACAAGGUGUUUGAUACGGUCGGCCUCGAUGAGCCCCGUAUACAAACCCAAGACUACCUUACUGCAAUUUCAAACGCAUAUGGCCUCAUCAACACCUUGAAAGAACGUGGAGGUAUCGACCUCUUGCUCUUCUGUAUACGCGGAGGUAGAGUCACAAGAACCAUGCAGAGCAACUAUAGGUUGUUCUUCGAAUUUCUCUGCGAGGAAAAAGUCCCGCUCGUGCUAGUCGUCACAAACCUCGAAAGAGAGAUAAACAUGGAAGAUUGGUACACGCGGAAUGCGGGCCACUUGGAGAAGCACAACAUCAGGUCCGCGGGACACGCAUGCAUAACCGCGGCGAAUCUUCUCGACGGGAGACAUAGAGACAAGUAUGAGGAGUCACGUGGAAUACUUUGUAGAGUGGUUGAGGCUCAUUGCAAUGCAUCCAUGGAAGGGUGGACUGGCGGACAAGGAUGGCUUGGUUGGUUCAUUGGCAAGCUCGGCAAGCUUGUGGAAUCUGUCGUUGGACGUCCCAAAAAGACGGAUAUCAUUAGGAUUCUCACAAAACGAUGUGGAAUGACCAAGGAGGUGGCUCGGGAGGUAGCGCUGCAUAUUAGAGACGAAGUUCAAUCGUAG